AUGGGUUCGAUUCCAGCAUUUUCAUAUUCUGAGGCACUUCUUUUCUAUACAUUUGAUAGAAUGUUCUUGUCGAAACUACUAGCGGAACCAUUGGCAGUGGCAUUCAUUGCAGCUUACAAGCUAACAUUAACAAUGCCGGCUUCCAUGAGCCUUGAGAGAAGAAUUUUGCUUCACACUUUUGUAGCUGAGGUGAGCUGCAUAUCACGGAUCCUGCUAGGCUUUAAUGGUAGUCAUCAAAAGGCCGACGUCUAUAUUAUUAUAAACUGUUUUCUGAUUGUAUCCUCCCUAUAUUCAAGUUACUAUCAAACUAGAAUCAAUAAUAUUAAAGCUUUUAUUAUUUCUAUCCUCUUUUUUUAUCUAAAAUCUAUAAACUUUAAAACAUUCUUGUCGAUUCAUCAGGAAACUACUGGCCCUGAGAUAUGGAGAGACUCUGCAGGGAAAGUUGAUGCCCUUGUAGCCGGUAAUAGGAACAAUAACAGGUGCAGGGAAAUUCCUCAAGGAGAGAAACCCUGGAAUCAAGGAAAGAGACCAGAAAAUACCGGGAAGCUCAUUGCUGUAUGUCGGUUUACAAGCUUCAAAAACAAUAUGGGAAUGGUGGUGUUCCCUGGUUUCAGAGCGCGUUACCUUUCUUCUCAGAUGUUUGAGUCUUAUAAACACGAGGCCGACAUUUCAUUACAGGGAACUGCUACUAGUCUUCCUCUAGGUUAAGGGACUUUGGAUUCACUCUGAGUCCGAGAUCUAAGAGUUUUUUUUUAAGGCAUAGAAGAUUUGUGUUGAUGACUUAUUUUGGCUAAAAUCCAGUUUUAAUGCUAAUUUGAGGAGAAAUUCUUGCAUGAGUUAUAUGCAGCAACAAUGU